UCUAUCUUAUAUUUCUAGUAUCUUUGGUCUCGCUGCUGGUCUGCAGCACUGCAGCAGCAGGAUUUCUAUCGCACAGUUUGUAAUUGUGCAAAUGACUCAAAACUGUGCGCAAGAAGGCACAUAUCAGAUUCGUGAAAAGAAUAAGAAGGUGGACCCAUGGCUUUUGUACAAAACGGUAUCCUAGACAGUCUUGACGACUUGGGGUAUGAUGGACCUUUUCUUCAGGAAGACCUGUUUGCAGAGGCUCUCCGUGCAGGCUCAUGUUCUCCAGAUUUUACCAGCCUUGUGUCUUGGAUAGCAGGACAACUCAAACUCAUUUGUGAUGUAGAAGAAUCCAUAACUCCAACCACAAGUGCUGAAGACAUGGAGACAUUUGAGCUGGAAGUAAGUGGUUUUCUAAAAGAGAUGCACUGCCCUCAUACAAGUCUUAUUGAAGGUGAUCUCCAUGUGCGACUAGGUAGUGAAGAAAAUAGGCUCAAACUGCUUGAUUUCCUGACAACCGAAUUGCAGGCAGCAAAGAUGAUAGCUAUAAAUUUUGCAAAUGUUCAAGAUGCUGUAGAAAAACCUGAAUUAGGUUGGAAUGAAUCAAGUAAAUGUCUCAAAAACAUCUGUGUUGAUCUUGGGUUGUCCAAGCCGCCCUUGAACGUUUCUGACAUUCAGCUAUUUUCCAAGUUGGAAUCUCAACUACGAACAGUGAUUGCACAGGCCCCUGAAUGCCAACUUGGAAAACCACUCAUGAAAUUUUCACUUAAUAUGAAACAAUGGGAAGAACUGCAGGGAAUAAACAAUUCACUGAUGUUAGAAUAUCAACUCAGGAGACAAAUGUUGCUGAAGCGUUUGGACGUAACUGUACAGUCUUUUUGCUGGUCUGACAAAAUUUCAGGUAAGGAGGAUAAAUUUGCCAAAGCUUAUCAACCUAAAAGGGCCCUUUUGAAAGCACAGAGUGAAACAUCUUUAAGCAACCUGUUGGCAGCACGAGAAGAUUUAACAAUGCAAGUUAAAACUAGCGAUCAACAAGUUAGGAUGAAUACACAGACUCCAAUCAACAAGGUGCUCAUGGGAAGGGUUCCAGAUAGAGGAGGUCGUCCACAAGAGGCUACACCCCCUCCUCCAGAGAUGCCUGCAUUCAGAAAGCGGCAAGAAGGAGACAGGGUGCAAGGGGGUGGAAGGGGACAACGUGGACGAGGAGGGGCAGGGAAGGUACAAGGUGGCUGGACAGGUGGAGGUGGUCAAAACUGGGAUAGUAAGUGGAGUCAAGGAGGGGGUGGAUACCAAGGGAAAGUAAGUAGAGAUGGAGGUGGUUACCAGGAAUUUGGAGGUGGUUAUCAAAGAGGCAAUGAGGCUGGUUACCAGAGUGGCAGCAGGGAUAGUUGCCAAAGAAGCAGCGGGGGAGGGCAACAUAGAGGACAGAGCCAGAGAGGAGGGAAAGGCUACCAGGGCGGCAAGGGUGGUGGUAAAAGAGGAGGGUAUUGAGGACACAAUGAACAAUACAGAGUAAUUAGAAAGGGUAGCGUAUCUGAGCGAGUGUGCCAAAAGAUAACACCAAACCUAAGACCCCAUAGAAACUCAGACCUUACAAAAUUAGUUCUGGUGAGACUGCUCUAUAAUAUCUUCAUUCAAAAGCCAACUUUCCCUGUUAUGGAUUUUCAUAAAACACCUUUUCAAUUGAACAUUUAGAAAGCAAGCAGAUAAACAAAUGCAAUGUUAUAUGCACAUAUAGUAUUGUGAAAAUAACGGUACUUUUGUAAAAUACUGAAUCCAAAUAAUAGAGAUGUCAGUAUACUAAAACUAAAUGCCUUUAUUUGUUCAUCUUUGUUUAAUUUACAAACAUACUUUUGUUAAAUACUGAAUUCAAAUAAUAGAGAUGUCAGUAUAC